UUGUUGGGUGCAAGACUCUUCGACAGUGUUUGAAUAGUAAUGAUGUGGGAGACCAUCUGUCGGCCAUUAUGGCUCUUCGCAAACUGUGUAACCAUCCUGCACUGUUAGCACAAGAUAAUGAGCAACAUUCACACAAAGAAAUGGCUAUGGAAUUAGCCAGUAUGCUUCCUGAACAUAUAAAAUAUAAUCAGUUUGAUGAAGCUGAUAGUGGAAAAUUGGCUGUAGUGUCAUGCAUGUUAUGGUCACUUGCUGAAGCUGGUAAUGAGAAAAUUGUUCUUGUAUCCAACUACACAUCAACCUUAGAUAUGCUGGCUAUUUUAUGUGAGCGCUACAACUAUCAAUACUUGAGACUCGAUGGUUCAGUCCCAACAGGGAAGAGGCAGGAACUGGUGGACAGAUUCAACAAUAACUAUUCCAAAGACUUUGUCUUCCUCUUAAGUGCAAAGGCUGGAGGAGUUGGUCUAAACCUUAUAGGAGCCUCAAGGAUCCUUCUCUAUGACAUAGAUUGGAAUCCUGCAACAGACCUUCAAGCCAUGGCACGUGUGUGGAGAGAUGGCCAGCAGAAAAAAGUAUAUAUUUAUAGGUUGUUAAUGACAGGAUCUCUAGAUGAGAAAAUGUAUCAGAGACAAGUUAGAAAGCAAGGCCUGAGCGGAGCUGUAGUUGAUGCUCGUGACUCUGAACGAGUUCACUUCUCCACAAAAGAACUCAAGGACUUGUUCACACUUCAUUCAAACACUGCCUGCUUAACACAUGAUAUGCUACAGUGCUCAUGUGAUCUUACAGGCCAGACCAUUGCAAUGCCAAACCCUGAAGAAAAUACUGAACCAGAGAGAUCUUGUCAACUUGGAGACCAUGGCCAGUACAGAUCCAGCUCUAACACUACAAUGGACCAAUUACAGAAGUGGUAUCAUAGUGCUGCACCUUUCCUCCCAGAGAUUAUAAGGGAUCCUUGCUUAGAGGCUGCCAGUGACUUUAUAACUUUCCUCUUUCAUAGUGUGUCUGACAGCUCAGUGAAGGGGAGAUCUGCUGUUCAGACUGAAGCUUGAGAAUGGACCACAUUAUUAUUUUGUAUUGGAUAUAUUGUAUGGAAAGGUAACUGAUUAAGUAGAUAAUAAUACUGUUGUGGUAAAAAACAAACCUUUAUUCUUUGUACCUUAUGUUAUCAUAAUCUGUUUAAAAUUUUAUUGCCUUCAUUAAAAGAACAGUAAAUUAGCUGUUGGUUUGUAUAUUCUGUAAUUUUGUUGCACACUGAUGGCUCCAUAAGUGCUCAGCCAGCAAGGAGCCAAUUAGUAGGCCCAACUGAUAUUUGUUUUUUCUGGUCAUUAACAUUAUUGACAUUAUGAAUGUUAUAAUAUUAUUCAAAUGCUAAAAACAAAAAUUGUAAACAUGGAAAAAGGCAGAUAGUGACAUACAUUCAACUAGUAAUUGAUUCCUUUGCACUUGUGGAGCCAUCUCUGUUUUAACACAAAAUAGAAUCAGUGGACAUGGAAUUCCAUCCAGGCACAGUGAUUUAAUGUUACCAGUUUGAGUGGCAAACUAGGCCUAAGAAAUUUUGGUUAAGUAACUAGAAAAAAUAAAGCAACUUGAUUCUUUUAUGCAUACCUAUGGAAUUAUAUUAAAAAAAUAGUUAAUACCACCAUUUUUAUGACAGAAACUGUGUAAUAAAAUAAGGAACGUGUA